GACUAAGCUAGUUAAAAAGUAAAAACUCACAAAAAUCUACCAGAACAACAACAAACGAAUGACAAAUUGACAACAACAUUUCGACCUGUCAAAAUUAGUUCCAAAAAUCACCGCGCGACUUCUUUCAUGAAAAGUAAAAAGUCUUCAGAUAUAGUUUCAAUGACAUAGAUGGCAAUGGGUAGGGCUUUUAUUUAGCAUGAAAGAUAUGUUUGGUGAUCUGAGUCCUGGCGUUCCAAUAGACCGCGACCAAACCGUCCUAAUGGACAGUAUUGAUCACUCUCGAGCCCGUUACCCUUAUUGCAUAGUUUGGACCCCUAUACCAGUACUAACGUGGCUAUUCCCAUUUUUGGGCCAUAUGGGAAUCUGUAUGUCAAACGGAAUCAUACGAGACUUUGCUGGGCCUUAUUUCGUAUCAGAAGAUUUAAUGGCUUUUGGAAACCCAACCAAAUAUUGGCAACUAUCUCCACAAAAAGCAUCUAAUGGUCCAGCAGGCUGGGAUGCAGGAGUAAUUGAAGCUUCAGAGAUUUAUAAAAAGAGAAUGCACAUAAUAUUCUAUGACAAUUGCCAUUCCCAUGUAGCAACGGCAUUAAAUAAAAUGAAUUAUGGAGGUUGCAAGAAUUGGAAUAUGGUAAAACUAGCAUUCUUCAUGAUACCAUAUUCUAAAUAUGUUAGUUUUGCAGCAUUAUUAAAGACAUGGCUACCAUUCUGUUUAAUAGCCUCAUUUAUUUGUGGGUUGGCUGCAAUCAUAUAGACCAUUUGUUAAUGUAUUUGCACUGGCAAUUUCAAAUAAAUUGUAAUAAAUGGCUAAAUUUAAUAAAGGUUAACUUCAAUUUACAUUCAA